GUGCAGCGCUGCCGGCCCCGCGGGUAUGCGCUGGGGCCAUGUCCCCGCCGGCCGGCGCCAGGCUCGUCCCGCGCCCCGCGGGGAGCCCCUUCCUCGGCCUCCUCCUCCUCCUGCUGCUCCUGCUGCUGUGCCCCUGCGGGGGAGCGCCGCGCCGCCGGCCCGCGGGGCCGCCCGUGGUGCUGGUCCCAGGGGACUUAGGUAAUCAGUUGGAAGCAAAGUUAGAUAAGCCGUCAGUAGUGCACUAUCUCUGCUCUAAGAAGACAGACAGUUAUUUUACACUCUGGCUGAAUCUGGAAUUGCUUCUACCUGUCAUCAUUGAUUGCUGGAUUGAUAAUAUCAGACUGGUCUAUAAUCGAACAAGUAAGAUUACAGAACCACCAGAUGGAGUGGAUAUUAGAGUCCCAGGAUUUGGGCAGACGUUUUCCUUGGAAUUUCUUGAUCCAAGUAAAAGGAGCGUCGGAAGUUACUUUUAUAUGCUGGUGCAGAGUUUAGUAGAUUGGGGCUACAAACGUGAUGAAGAUGUAAGAGGAGCACCUUAUGACUGGCGAAAGGCACCAAAUGAGAAUGGAGACUAUUUUGUGGCACUUCGCAAGAUGAUAGAGUUAAUGUAUGAGCAGUAUGGAAGUCCUGUUGUCUUAAUUGCCCACAGUAUGGGUAAUAUGUACACCCUCUACUUCCUCAACCAGCAGACUCAGGAUUGGAAGGACAAGUACAUCAAGGACUACGUGUCACUAGGCGCUCCAUGGGGAGGAGUGGCUAAAACUCUCCGUGUGCUGGCCUCAGGUGACAACAAUAGGAUACCCGUUAUCAGUUCACUCAAGAUCAGAGACCAGCAGAGAUCAGCAGUUUCCACAAACUGGAUGCUCCCCUACAAUUACACGUGGCCUCCAGACAAGGUCUUUGUGAGCACACCCACAGCCAACUACACGCUGCGGGAUUACCGGCGCUUCUACAGGGACAUCGGCUUCGAGGACGGCUGGCUCAUGCGCCAGGCCACGGAGCCGCUGGUGUACGCCAUGGCCCCCCCGGGCGUGCGCAUCCACUGCCUGUACGGCACCGGCGUGGACACCCCCGACUCCUUCCACUACGACAGCUUCCCGGACAGAGAGCCCAAGAUCCUCUACAGCGACGGCGACGGAACAGUGAACCUGCAGAGUGCCUUGCAGUGCCGCAAGUGGGUGAACAGGCAAAAACAGGAGGUGUUGAUAUUUGAGCUCGCAGGGAAUGAGCACAUUGAAAUGCUAUCCAAUGAUACGACUAUCUCCUACGUGAAAAAGCUGCUUUUUGAUCUGUGAUAACCUUGUGUUGAUAGUUAUUUUCCUCACCUGUGAUGCCUUCCCUUAAAUAUGGGAAAAUGCCUUUUAAUCCCCUGAUAUUUAGAUAUUUGAAUUAUUUAUUUUUCUUUUUUUUUUUUAAAGGUUGUGUUCAAGAAGUUGUUUGAUGUCCUAAAUGUUGUUUGUCUCUGAUUUGUGUUUAUGAUGCUUCAUGGUAUUUUCACAUUCUGCAGAUUUGGUUAAAUAUGCAUUUUGGUGCCUGUGGUGUUGUCCGAUGUUCAUCCAGACUUUCAUUCAGAGAUUGUGCAGCCCCUUGCACAUACUACAUGGAACCAUAGAUACCCGAGUUCCUUUGUGUGGUCUUUGCAGGUUUGGAGUGGGAGGGUUAGGAAGGAUUGCACUUUCAGAUGCCCAUAAAACAAAGGAAUGAUAUUAACAAUUUGGGAAGCACAGAAAACUUUUUAAAGGGUCUUGCAUAUUCUGAUCCACAGUACCUUGGUUUAUAAAUGUACAUAUCUACUAGCUAAGAUAGGGAACGGGGCUGCCUGGAACUGUGUUACUGUUGUUGAAAUCCAGCUUUCUUUUACUACAGCUUUCGGGGAAAAAAGAUAAUGUGGGAAUUACUUGAAGCUUCUUUAUUAGCUAUCCUUCUGGGUUUUUUUAAAAAGAAGAAAUUGUUUGCUCAUCAACUUGUAGAACCAUGAUUACAUGCAGUCUGGAGUCCGAGGCAUUCUCACCCCGUGCUUUAUUUAUCAGUGAGGGAAUGACGCUAAACUGGUUGCUGCUUGCAGUAACUGUAGCUAUGUGGAGUAGCACAGAAAUCAAAGCUAACUGAAUACUGGCAAGCAAUCUAUACAGUAUGGAAUUACAUUUCUCGGUGAAAAAUGAUCUCCUGUAGUGGAAAUGGUAAUGGAUGGUGGGCAGUAUUUCAAAAAGAGAAGUGAACUUCCUGAAAUGGGUGAGGAGUGGAAGCCAGCAUAAUGCCAUAUGGAGUAUAAACCUUGCUCUCAGUCAAAUACUUCAUCUCUGUUCCAGUUACUGACCGAGCAGCAAUUGGAUCAACAUUGCACUCCACUGAAAAGAAACUUUUUUGCUUUAAGACUAAAAGUAAUUUCCCAUUAUUUUCAUUUUUGCUGUUUCAAGAAGUUGGGAUAUGCUAUUCCUUAAAUGUUUCCAUAAAUUGCUGAACAUGCAAAUCUGUUACUUUCCUACAGUAUUGUUUUACUCAAUGUUAAAAAAGAAUAAUAUCAACUCUGACAGCCACAGAAGUGCUGGCCUAAAGACCAUCAUAUUUCCAACCUUGAUUACAGAAGUCCUGUUGGAGAAAUAGUGUCACCCAGAGAUUCUCUUGCUUACUUUAAAACCAGUCACCCAGGUAGAUUGCACUUAGUUUUCUGAAAAUGCAAUUUAGAAUGCUUUCAAAAUGCUAGGUUCUCCAAGGAAAAUGUUUUAAUAGUUUCAGAAACUCAUCAAAUUAUUAAGGAUUCAUUACUUAAGAAACUGAAACUGUCUAAAGGGUCAAGUUUUAACUAUUUUGAUAGCAUGUAUAAAAUGUUUGCUACCAUUGGAUGUAUCAAUAGGAUGUGUUGAAAGGAUGGGCUUGAACUCUUGUUAGUGUAGAAUGGAAACAUUUUGGCAGGCUUAAGGUAGGUUUAAGGCUUCAAGUUUUAAUUCAGAAAUCUCUUGUAAAUGCAGAACAGCUUGAACUAAGGUCAUCAACAAGCUAAAUGUAUUCCUAGGUUUUAACUUACCUAUGUAGCUUUAUUUCCCCCUGCCCUCAUUUUUUUCCUCUUACUUACAUUGAGGGAGUAUACACAUUUUCCUGAUUUUUAAAAUGGAACAAUAAUCUUGCCCUCAGUUGUCCAGGAACCUACAGUUCAGAAGUAAUAUUGCCUAGACUUUUCCAGAGUAACUACUGAGUUCCCCCCAGCCUUUUGUGAUUGGUAGCUGUUGAAAUGAAAAAACAAAACAAAAAAAUCCCCCAAAAACCACAAAAACUCCACCAGAAACAAACAAGCCAGUCAACCCCCCCAAACCCCAAAAAACCCCCUACAACAAGAAGCAAAUUAAAAAAGAAAACCCACAAAAAACUUUGUUAGCCAAGUGAUCUGUUUUAUGCAGGGCUGUUAGCUGGAUAAGCUUCAGGCUUGUGUUCAAGAUUGCUCAAAGAUGAUAAAGCUCCUCCUUGGUCUGACUCAAUUUUUGAAUAAAUUGUUAUACUACUGCUUUACAACUGAAAAAAUUAGAGGAGACAGCUAAUUGCAGUCUGUGUUUCUUGCUGAAGUAAAAUGCCUGUUAGUAAGCACUGGAAUGAGUGGAGCUGGAGGCUGUACUGCAGGAUACCAACAUGGGCAUCAAGGGAUGAAAAAAUGAGAAAACAACAUAAGUAAAUGAUUCUUAACCUGAUCUGAAGAAUGUUUCUAAGCUUCAUUUAGAUCCUUACCCAUUACUCAGUAGCAUUUUCAGUCUCACAGCAAGAAUUUAGCUUCAGGGUUUUUUUGUUAUUUGAAGUUCCAAAAUACACGAUACAAAAAGAUGUUCUUUUUAUUUUUUUUCUUUAGUAGUUUUUUAAUAGUACUUUUUGUGACUGAAAAGGAAAAAAAAAAGCACAACUCUUAUUCUUUUCUAAUUUUGGCAACCUAUUACUGUGUUUCUGAGGUCAGUUGACAUAAAGAUUUAUAAAUCAGCUUUCUGUUAGUAGACAAGUCCUAGAGUGUCUCCAUAAAUAAACUUGUGUUAGUUGAUAAGGUAAAAUGAAGCUGAAACUUUUUCAAGGCAUUUGUUUGUUACACUGUUUGUCACUGUAAAGCCUUGUUGUAAGGGAAUGUGUGUACCUGAGUACUGUGUGAGCACACACAGUGCUUCUGGUGGGACUUGGAUUGGAUGUGGUGGAUCUGCAGGCAAUAGCUUUAUGUCCAGAAGUUGUGAUUUUUUUUUUUUUUUUUUUCCCCCCCACUAACUGAUCCUCAGCCCAUUCAUUUGCAGUUUCUUGCAUGUUAGGAUGCAGUCCUCACUGCAAAGUGAAAGCAUUAUUCCUAGGUGUGUGUUGAGAAGUGCUCACUCGCUCUGGUGAGAGCACUCAUCAUUGCUGUUACAGGCCUGCUGGAGCCACGUGCACUUGAGCAUUCUAGAUUCUAGGGGGGGAAGAGGUCUGAAGAAAUAAAUCUUUAAGAAGAAUGUGGCACUUUCAGAAGAGGAUUAACUUGGGUGCUCUGCCAAGCUGCACAGCUCAUUUGAAUUUACUGACGUACCUUCGUUAUACCUAAUGCACUAAUUAUGUCUCUCCAUUAUUUUUACUUUGUUUUAUUCUUCCAGGCUGUUUUCAGAAACCAAAACUAGUCUUGAGGACCAAAUGUGCUGCUUAUUUUUGACACCAUGUAUCAAAAAUGCUGAUGAAGCUUUCAGCUGUCAUUGUAAUACUUCUGAAGAGGUUCAGAGUCACUAUGUGAUUCUGUAUAAAAGCAGAAGACUUCAAUAACUAGCAAUAAUUGCAAAGGAUUUGCAGACCAAAGGAAGGAAUGUUUGGUAUUAAAGUAGUUCUUGGAGCACAGUGUGUUCAAAGCCCUCUUAAAUUCAGGGAAUGUUUGGCAAUGACUUUGCUACACUAACCAGUAUUUUGUAAGGAACACGUUCUGAGACCUAGCAUUUUAUAUGUUCUUGUGUAUGAAUGCGUUCAAUAGAUUUUGAAUAUUUUAUUGUCAAAUUUGAUAAUAUAAAUAAAGUUGAUCUAAUACA